AUGGAAUACCUUGCUUCGAAGGCGUACCAUUUCAGCGUGUGGUCUAGUGAUCCGCAGUUGUUAACUGGAACGAAUUUGACAAUUAGGGCGCAUGCUAAGUGUUCGGUGUUAAGGCUCAAGCAGUACAUACACCACCUACUGGUGCAACAACAAGGGGUUGGGAUCAAGUUUUCGGUGAACGAUCUCACGCUUAGCUAUAAGACCGGUGAUUUGGAUGGCGAAUUGCAGUGCCAACAGAUCGAGCCUAAUUAUCCAGGUGUAAUACGACUAAGGUUGGAGAAAAGCAACAAAGCGGUUUCGUUACAGCCCACGUACUAUAAUCCGGAUAGUUUCACGCGCACUAUGGUCCAAAGCCAGUGCAAUAUACUCUCUGUGGAAAAGAUAUUCAAGGCUCGUUUGCAAGAUGUGUCUUUGCACUCGACGAUAUCGCAUUUGGCGAAGCUGACUAUCGAGGAGUUGAACCAGUACGAACGCCAGAAUGAGGACGAGCAAAUGUGUUCUGUGAAAGAGCAUACGCUGGAGGAUGUUAUUGCGCUUGAUAUCGCUGGGAGGUCGCACCCAAUAAAUCUUUCAGAAACUACAGAGGACUUGACUUUAAGCGAUCUCUUGGGGAUAGAUUUUGUCCCAACGGCCAACGGGUACUGCUCGUUGCUCUGUAAGGUGAGACAUUCGCAAAUGGAGGAAGGUGUUACUAUUGAGUUUGUAUCUGAGGCUAAAUUUACAAUUCAACAAAUGAUUGUGAACAGCAAAACCACGGUGCUGGACGUCAAGAACUUUAUUUGCUCUGUUUACGCUCAUGCACUGCGGUUGCAACCAAGCGAUAUCAAGCUUAUUUACAAGGGAUGUAUAAUACACGAAUUGAACGGCGCUUCAAACGAGCCGAACAAGAUCCUGAAGUUUAUCACGGAGCCAAACGGAGCCAAGUUGCACGUUCAUAUAUCUCACGAAUAUUCGGAACCGGGUCCAGGGUUCUGGUCUGAGCUCUUGUUUGCACCGGAUAGAUUCGAUUUCAUGCCAACUAGAACGCAGAGUCAGGACAGCAGCAACAGCAACAGCAACAGCAACAGCAAUGGUGAUUCGGUUACAGCCGCUCUCUCGGGUUCACUCACUGGCUCGGCGCCUAUGCGGGCCACGGACUCAACUGAUACGUAUUCUCAACGACACACCGCUCCUGUAUCGUAUUCUAAUACACGUUCAGUUACACCUUCACCAACGCCAACCAGAACUGUCGAUGCUAUUCCAGAAACGCACCAACAGCCAGUACAAGUUGUAACCUCCGAGGGUUUACCUGUUUCCAGGUCAUAUGAGACAUAUGAACGUGUCACCGUUAAUAAUAAGGACUACAUCGUUCCGCGGUCGCAGUUGGAAACACAAUACUUUGAGUUGCAGAUUGGUGAUCGUAUCAUCAAGCUUUGCCCUGACGAGGUACAUUUCCAAGGUGGCUACGUACAACUGACUGCGUCAGCUAGAGCUUCGAUAGAAAAUGCCAUCGGCGAGCGUAUUACGAACGGUGAGUAUUUGGGGAAUAUUGCUGAGGAUGAGGGCCUUUUGCCCGACACUCCUGCGACACCAAAUAACGGGGGUGAUCAACAAGAAGCAGACGGACAGAGGCGCAGAGGAGGUGUAGGGCGAUUGCCUAACAUGUUCAACUUCCUGCGUCGGAUGAAUAUGGGUAGGUUUUUCAGACGGGAAACGCUUGUCCUGAUAAUCGAGAUGAUCACGGGGAGAAACGGUCUGCUAAUGUCUUUGGGGUUCGGACUCUACCUUAGACUACCACUAUGGGCGUUCUGUUUGCUAGUCACGGGACUCACCAUAAGAAGCGUGUGGAUCAAGUUUAAACUCAGCAAGAAGGUGAGAAAGCUCGUGGUAGGUUCAGCGGACAGCUUAACGACCCAGGAACAAGAGCAGAUCAGGACGUUGAUUAAGAGCGAAAAGUUCAACACCGCCUUUUUCAUGUCGUUGGCACGCAUGCGGACCAUAUUGCCCCUCUUAUGCAGCCGCAUGGACGCAAACCAGGACUUGGCAAACGAGUUGUUACACGAGGUGAAGCGCAACCCCAAGGUAAACCAACAGCUCGCAGAAAACGACCGCUUGGCGUCGCACAGCUCAUACGUGUUGAAACAAUUCUUACUGUCUCUGCCUUCGCAGGAAAGGGCCAAGCCGAUCUUUUACGAAUUGUUCCGCGACUUGCUCGAAAAGUGCGAGCCAUUGCUCUCCCAGGAGAUGCACACUCUAGAGCCCUGGGCCGCUGCCAUGGUUCACGAAAUGAGGAAGUACAACUGGCGCGUGAACAGAUCCCACAUGACCGCAUCAGAUUACAUAAAACUAUGGCUAGACAUCUACGAGCCCUGGAACUUCUUUUCCAAUACCCAGUUCAUGCGCUACGCGGUCCCCGACCCACGCACAGACAAUAUCCUCGUCGGAAUCGUAAAGAACUGUCUCUUGUUCGUGCUACUCUUCAUCCCCUCCUUCGAGAGACAAUUCGAGGAGAUCAUCGAGGAACGGCUUAUUCAGCAAUCCCAGGACGAGGACCUUAUCGCGCUUUGA